AAGAUCAUAGAAUAUACCAAAACUUAAUUUUAAUUAGUAAUAUGCAUUGCUAAGAACUUCAAUUGGACAACUUUAAAGGCAAUUUUCUCAAUAUUUUGAUUUUUUUUUUUAUCUGAAAUAGUUGUAUCCAAAUAUUGUCCUAUCCUAACAAACCAUACAUCAAUGGAAAGCUUAUUUAUUCAGUUAUUAUCUCUUAUAUUAUCUCAAUUUUAGAAAAUUGACCCUUAUGACUGGUUUUGUGGUCCAGGGUCACAUAUAUGAAUUUGUGGUAUGUCAAUGACAUCCAUAAAUCAAGAUACAUCUACUUAAGAUGUAAAAUAAAGACAUGGACAAAAUAAAGACUGAAUAAAAUUAAGUGAGUUUAUGCUAAAACAAGAACACAUAUCUGUCAAAGGGGUUGUAUGUUGGAAAAUAUGUUUAUAUAAAUAUUGUACAAUUUUAAGAAUUUGUAAAAUGAAUUAAAAAGUAAUGAUUUUAGCUUUUAAAUAUUGCUAAUACAAUUCAUGAGCUCCCUAGACAUUUACAUUUAGAGAACAUACUGACUUCGAUUUAUUUCUUACAUUUUCUUUACUUGGUUGUAAAAAGUCUUAUACUUGCCUUCAUAAACCCCUCAGAUACCCUGUAUGUUAUUAAUAAUACUAGACUUAGUUAUUAAUGAUUAAUAACUGCUGCUAUUACGGUUACUCGCAUCAAAUGAAUAGCCGCCGUGACGUAUGUCCCGGGAGCGCGCACGUACUGAACUCGCCUUAGCGUCAGUGCGCGUCGGUUCAGUCUGGUUCCGCUGCCACACUGACCACAUACAGUCAGUCAGCGAACCGCAGGUGUGAGUUUACAGUACCGCAUGUUCCCAGCCCACUACCCCGGACUAUAAACGUAACCUUUCUUUAAGUGUUUACAAUAUUUUCACCAUGUUGUGGACGGCGAACACGGUCAUAAGGAAAUUCUCCUCGAGCUCUGCUUACUACCAAAACAAGCUGAAGCUGGCUCUGAUUGGCCAGAGCUUGUUUGGACAGGAAGUGUACACAAACCUCCGCAAGCAGGGUCAUAAAGUGGUGGGCGUUUUCACAGUUCCUGAUAAGGAUGGCAAGGCGGACCCCCUGGCGGUGGUGGCGGAAAAAGACGGGACCCCGGUGUUUAAGUUCCCACGGUGGCGGGUGAAGGGUAAGCCCAUUCCAGAGGUGGUGGAUGCGUACAAAGCGGUGGGCGCCGAGCUGAACGUCAUGCCCUUCUGCUCCCAGUUCAUCCCCAUGAAUGUGAUCGACCACCCAAAACACGGCUCGAUUAUAUACCACCCCUCCAUCCUACCUAAACACAGAGGAGCCUCCGCCAUUAACUGGACGCUAAUCGAGGGUGAUAAGAAAGCAGGAUUUAGUGUAUUCUGGGCUGAUGAUGGUUUGGACACUGGCCCCAUCCUGCUGCAGAAGGAAUGUCCAGUAGAGCCCAACGAUACAGUGGACACACUUUAUAACCGCUUUCUCUUUCCGGAGGGCAUCAAGGCUAUGGUAGAAGCUGUACAGCUCAUUGCAGAUGGCAAAGCGCCCAAGAUCCCUCAGUCUGAAGAAGGAGCCAGCUAUGAGGGAAUCCAAAAGAAAUCCAAUGCAAAUGUGAAUAUGGCUCAGCCGGCAGAGGUCAUCCAUAAUUGGAUUCGUGGUCAUGAUAAAGUUCCAGGUGCCUGGGUUGUUAUUGAUGGCAAGCCGGUAACGUUGUACAGCUCAUCAAUGCUGAGCGGGUCGGUGCCCGCAGGACAGCCAGUUGAGGUGGAAGGGGCGUCUCAGCCUGGACUCAUUGCCAAAUCUGGGCUUAUUCUAUUUGGGUCUGAUGGAAAAGCGCUCCAGGUGAAGAACCUGCAGUUUGAGGAUGGAAAGAUGAUUCCUGCGUCCAAAUACUUCUCGUCAGACGAGGCUGCCAGUUUGGAUCUCACAGAUGAUGAGAAGAAAAUGGCAGAGGAGAUCAGGGCAAUCUGGAAAGGUAUUCUGAGUAAUGUUCCAGUUAUUGAUGACACAACCGAUUUCUUCAAGUCUGGAGCUGCUUCUAUGGAUGUAGUCAGAUUGGUGGAGGAGGUGAAGCAGAAAUGCGAAGGAGUUCAGCUUCAGAAUGAAGACGUCUACAUGGCCACGACCUUCCAGAGCUUCAUCCAGAUGUUCGUCCGCCGCCUGCGCGGAGAAGACCAGGAGGAGGAACUAGUCAUCGAUUACGUGACAAAAGACGUCAAUAACAUGACCGUGAAGAUGCCAUAUCAGUGUUUCAUCAACGGCAGUUUCGAAGAUGCCGAAGAUGGAAAGACAUACAACACGGUGAACCCUACAGACGGCUCGGUGAUCUGUAAAGUGUCAUAUGCAUCCGUGGCGGAUGUGGACAGAGCGGUUAGUGCAGCCAAAGAGGCAUUUGACAACGGACCUUGGGGUAAGAUGAACCCUCGUGACCGUGGGCGGCUGCUCUACCGGUUGGCUGACCUGAUGGAGGAACACCAGGAGGAGCUGGCAACUAUUGAGACGAUUGACUCUGGUGCUGUUUAUACACUGGCUUUGAAAACACACGUCGGCAUGUCCAUUCAGACAUUUAGAUACUUCGCUGGUUGGUGUGACAAGAUCCAGGGCUCAACGAUACCUAUCAAUCAGGCCAGACCCAAUCGCAACCUAACCUUUACAAAGAAAGAACCUCUGGGUGUGUGUGCCAUAGUGAUUCCUUGGAAUUACCCACUUAUGAUGUUGGCAUGGAAGAGCGCAGCCUGUUUGGCGGCAGGAAAUACACUCGUCUUGAAACCUGCUCAGGUAACCCCAUUAACUGCGCUGAAGUUUGCUGAGUUGACAGUCAAAGCUGGCAUUCCCAAAGGAGUCAUCAACAUUGUCCCAGGAUCAGGUGGUCUGGUCGGGCAGAGGAUGUCUGAUCACCCUGAUAUCCGUAAGCUGGGUUUCACAGGCUCUACUCCCAUUGGCAAACAGAUCAUGAAAAGUUGUGCGGUCAGUAACUUGAAGAAAGUUUCUCUGGAGCUGGGCGGUAAAUCUCCCCUCAUCAUCUUCAGCGACUGCGACAUGGACAAAGCAGUGAGAAUGGGCAUGAGCUCUGUUUACUUUAACAAGGGAGAAAACUGUAUCGCUGCAGGCCGGCUGUUUGUUGAGGAGUCUAUUCAUGACGAGUACAUCAGCAGAGUGGUUGAGGAAAUCAAGAAGAUGAAGAUUGGAGAUCCUUUGGAUCGCUCCACAGAUCACGGACCUCAGAACCACAAGGCUCACCUGGACAAACUGGUGGAGUACUGUGAGAUCGGCGUGAAGGAGGGGGCAACGCUCGUCUAUGGUGGAAGACAGGUGGACAGACCAGGCUUUUUUAUGGAGCCCACAGUCUUCACAGAUGUAGAAGACCACAUGUUCAUCGCCAAAGAGGAAUCAUUUGGCCCCGUUAUGGUGGUAUCCAAAUUCAAAGAUGGUGAUGUAGAUGGAGUUCUAAGCCGAGCCAAUGACACAGAGUUUGGCCUGGCAUCUGGAGUCUUCACCCGUGAUAUCAACAAGGCCAUGUAUGUGAGCGAGCGACUGGAAGCGGGAACCGUGUUCGUCAACACCUACAACAAAACCGACGUGGCGUCUCCCUUUGGAGGCUUCAAACAGUCUGGGUUUGGCAAAGACCUUGGUGAGGAAGCCCUGCACGAGUACCUGCGGACUAAAGCUGUGACGGUGGAGUAUUAAAUAAAACCUGUGGUGGAAAAGACUGCAAGGCCCCUGACUGCAGCUCAAAGUGGCCGGACUGUCUCGAAGCAGGUUUGAUAGGAUAGGAAAAGCAUUUCCUGCCAUGACAACACUGAUGUGCCUACGUUUUUUUAUCGCCCUUUUUUCUGGAAGUUGUUGGAGUGGGACAAAUGCUGACUUGCCAGUCUACACUGGCUAACAAGGUUUUAAAAAAUGGAAAAAUGACCUCCAAGUGAACCCAAGGACACAAAAGCAGCCACAAAUCAGAUCAAGUAAUGGUUUUUAAAUAUUAAACAUUGAAUUAUCAUACUGAGGUAGUCAGUUUCAGGAAGUAACCACAAUAGUAUUAUGAUCGAGCAUUUUGUGUCAAGUAAUUUGUCUGUCCACACUGAACGUGAAACUGCUGCAUGAUGCUUUAUCCGUGAUGCUGAAACCAAGUAGCCAGCAAAAUGUCCUGUCACUCAUCAUAUCACAACUGGUUAAGAUAAUGUACACAAUGUUUCAAAAGUUUGGGGUCCGUCUCUUCUGCUCACCAAGGCUGCAUUUAUUUGAUUAAAAAUACAGUAAGAACAGUAAUAUUGUGAAAUAUUAUUACAAUUUAAAAUAUCUGUUUUCUAGUUUGAUAUUUUUUAAAAUGCAAUUUAUUCCUGUGAUGCAAAGCUGAAUUUUCAGCAUCAUUACUCCAGUCUUCAGUGUCACAUGAUCCUUCAGAAAUCAUUCUAAUAGGCUGCUCAAGUAAAUUUGAGCAGCCUAUUAGAAAUUUCUGCUUCAUUUUUUUGUGCAAACAUGACAUUUUUGAGUCUUUCAUGAAUAGAAAGUUAAAAGAACAGCAUUUAUUUGAAAUAGAAAUCGUUUGUAACAUUAUAAACAAUAUUACUGCCACUUUUCAUCAAUUUAAUGCACCCUUGAUAAAUAAACAUAUUAAUUUCUACAAAAAAAAUACUGACCCCAAACUUUAAAAUGUUUAAACUAGUGCUGUCAAAUGAUUAAUCACGAUUAAUUGCAUCCAAAAAGUUUGUUUACAUAAUAUAUGUGUGUAUACUGUGUAUAUUUAUUAUGUAUAUAUAAAUACACACACAUACAGUAAAUAUUUUGAAAAUAUGUAUUUACAUGUAUAUAUUUAUAUUCAUAUUCAUAUAAUUGAUAUUAUAUAUAAAUAUUUUUAAUAUAUAAACAACAUUUUUUCUUAAAUAUAUACGUGCAUGUGUAUAUAAUUAUAUUUACAUAAUAUACACAGUGCACACACAUAAAUUAUGUAAACAAAAAAUUUAUUUUGGAUGCGAUUAAUCAUCUGACAGCACUAGUUUAAACAUAUUUCAGUUUUUAAGCUAUUCAGACACACACAGUCUUUUGUUUUAUAUAUAAUAUUCAUAUAUUUUCAAGCCAUGUUGCAUCACUGCCACUUUAUGAAAUCUGUGUUACCAUAUUUGCACAUCACAAGGGUUUUUAUUAUGCAUAACAUUUUCACAUCCCUCAUUUGUAUUAGCAUAACUGUAUAUAUUUUAUUAGAGGAUUCGACAACGUGUCUUAUUUUAUAUAUUUAAUUUUGCAUUCCAGACAGAUGAUUGGAAAGGGAAACAAUAUAAACACUAUUCUUUUUGAAAGAAAGUUAUUUAUUUUGUACAAAAAUAUUGGACAUGCUUGAUAGCAGCUUACUCUUAAAUUCAAUACAAUGUGAAGCAUUCAGACACAUUCUUGUUAAAAGGACUGAAAGUAUCUGUUGCCAAAUGUUCGCUGAAGAUUCAUGAUGUUUUUGAUAUGCAUGAACGCUUCUUCAAUGACAUGCAUUUGACAAACAAUGAAGUGUCAUCAUAUGCAGAUGUUAUUUCAGGUUCUGUAUACGCUGUCAGUCAGACUGGAAGUGUCAUGGUGCCAAACA